AUGGAGAGUCUCGGCCCACCUUUAGCGUUUGAUUUCAGCAUGGGCAGUGGUGGGGUCCUGGUGACCCCUGGGAAGAAGCCUGCAGGAGAAACCUCCAAUUCCAAUAAAAAAUGUAAGAGGUAUUUCAAUGAGCAUUGGAAGGAAGAGUUCACGUGGCUGGAGUUCGACUAUGAACGCAAGCUGAUGUUUUGCAUGGAAUGCCGUCAGGCUUUGGUAAAGAACAAGCACGGUAAAGCCGAGAACGCCUUUACAGUGGGAACCGAUAACUUUCAACGCCAUGCACUUUUACGCCACGUAACCUCUGGUGCCCACAGACAGGCGCUUGCUGUGAACAGCGAGCAGACGGCCGUGGAAUUGCAGUUCCAUCAGGAGAUGAAGUCGGUCAUCAAAGCUGAGAUGAAUCCAUCCAAGAUAGCCGUUGUAACCACGGUGUACUGUAUGGCCAAAGAUGGCGUCUCCGACGGGAAGCUGUCUUCUCUGCUGGAGCUGCAGAGGUUCAAUCUUUGUGAAGCGCUGCUGUCUUCAGAACAAAUUGAAUACGACCACCCGAGCGGCGUGAGAGACAUGCAGGCAGCCAUUGUUAAAGUUCUGCAUAAUGAAGAUUGUCGAAGAUUGAAAGAAUCUCCUUUUAUUGGAUUAGUGGUAGAUGAGACCGUGGACGUCAUGGAACACCGAAGUCUUGUGGUGUUCGCCACCUCAGUUUCCCCUAGGGAUGGGCAGCCCAGCAUUACGUUCCUUGGCAGGUUUGAGUUGCCUUCAGGGGAAGUCUACUCUGCAACAAGCAAACUGGUGGAAAUAUUAUCCAACUUUCAGGUGCCAACAAGAAAGGUCACCUGGCUCAGUUCAGGUGGCUCCUUGAUGAUGUCAGACAGACAAAAUGGCGUUGGAGUCAGAUUGAAACCUCUGUGUCCGCUGUUGACAGAGCUUCACUGUAUUAUGCAUAGAAGGUCCUUACUUCCGCCUGAAAGUUUUCUCAGCAUUGAGUAUGCGAGGAAAUAUGAAAGUGUCGUGGAUGCAGUGUGUAGACUGUAUGCUAAUAAAAACUGGGAAAACCAUACCUUUCAGGAGUUGCAAAAUGUACUUAACCUCUGUGGCAUAAAUUUGAAUAAAACAGACGCUGUUCACUGGACAUCGGUUCUGCCAGUGGUUGAAACCAUUGACUCUUCGUGGCCAACUCUUGUUCUUUUACUAGAAAGUGAAUCGGCAAAGUCUCCGAUAGCUGUUGGAAUAUGUGCAGAGCUGAAGAAGUUCUGGUUUGUGGCUUUUACCAAACUUUUACUGGAUAUACUCCCCAUUUUCCAGAAACUCAAUCAGUUUUUCCAGAUUGAUGACUUGGAUGUGUCUAUGGUGAAUCCAAUUGUUUCAGCAUCCCAGGCCACAUUACGUGCACAGAAGUCCACAAGCGGUCAGAAUUUCCAAGACUUUCUAAAUGAGCUAAACGAGCACCCUGAUGAAGACAGCGAGAGCAGGUUCUAUUAUAAGGGGGUUGAACUGGCGGACUGCUCUAAAGCUCAGUUACAGAGCUUCGAGUUGUUGAAGGAAGCUUGCCUAGAAAAUAUUUGCAAUAGUCUACAAGAUCGUUUUCCGGGCAACGUCCUCAGAGUGGUGAGCUCGUUCUCUGCCGUUUUUAAUCCAAAAAGUUAUCCUCCGUCCUUGGAGGAUAUUGGUAGCUAUGGGGAGGACGAGCUGAGGUUUCUGCUCCAGUGCUUCUCUCGGGUGCUGGUUGUAGACCGAGCCUUAAACGACUUUGCCCUUUUUAAGCGCAUCGUCUUCAGCCUCGGUCACCUGGCUUUCAGGGAUAUUUGCAUCAAGUUGGUGCAUUCCAACUCCGAAAUGCAUGAACUCUUUCCGGACUUUACGGUCUUAGCUGCUAUUGCGUUGAUCCUUCCACUGGGCUCUGUAGUGUUUGAAAAAAUCAACCGGGCAGAGGAGCUUCAGAAAGGUGCCGGCCAUCACGGGGGCACGGAAGGUGGAGGGUCUGAUAUUCUAAAAAUCAGCAUUGAUGGGCCAGCGCUUAACGAGUUUGACUUUGCGAAAGCCGUCGACUACUUUGAAAAUAUGAGACAUUCCGAAUGCGUGACCUCCGAAGGGAAGUAAAACCCACUUUGUACCGCAGGAGA